AGAUAACAAUUAGGUUAUCCAAGUGUCACUAUCUCGUGUAAAUAAUAUAUUGCUGAUAUGUAUGCUAAUAAAUGUUUUAUUAUUAAUAUAAAAUAGGAAUAAGUAUAAAAGCCACAUCAUUCUAAUGUAAUUGUUCCAGUGUAGAAUAGUCAAAAUAAAAGUAUCAGUGAUUCAAAUAAAUUGAAAGCCGUGCAAUAUAACUUAUCAGUAUAUAAUCCUAUAUAUAAUAAAGAUAUAGUUAAUCAAAUAAUGGCAUCUACUGACGAUAUUUACAAAAAGCAAAAAACUUGCUUGCAAAUAGCUACUAAUGUAACUGAACAAAAACAUCAUGUAUCUAGAGCAAAACGCGGACAAAUUUUAGGACAUCUUAGAGGAUUUAGAGGCUGUACAGUUUGGUUAACAGGCUUAUCUGGUGCCGGAAAAACAUCCAUAGCAUUCGAGUUAGAAGCCUAUUUAGUAGCCCAUGGUAUACCGUCUUAUUGUCUUGACGGUGAUAACUUAAGAACAGGUCUAAAUAAAGAUUUAGGUUUUUCAAAACAAGACAGAGAAGAAAACAUUCGUCGAGUCGCUGAAGUUGCUAAACUAUUUGCAGAUGCCGGUGAAAUAUGUUUAUGCAGCUUCAUUUCCCCAAGUGCUGAAGACAGAGAUGUAGCACGUAGGAUUCACAAAGAUAGUGACCUCAAAUUUUUCGAAGUAUUCGUCGAUACACCACUAGAAAUAUGCGAACAAAGAGAUACCAAAGGUUUGUACCAAAAAGCUCGAAAAGGAAUCAUAAAAGGCUUCACAGGGAUUGAUCAACCUUAUGAGAAACCAGAAAAUCCUGAUUUGGUCGUUAAGACGGUCAGUUGUUCCAUAGAUGAGUCCACAAUGCAAGUCGUGGAAAUGCUACAGGAAAAUGGAAUCAUCCCUUUUGUUCAAGAGGAUAAGGAUGACAUUCCGGAAUUGUUCAUUACUAAAAAUAGGCUAAGUAGUGCCUAUGAAGAAGCAGAAUCUUUACCUAGGCUAAAGAUUACAGAAUUAGAUUUACAGUGGUUACAGAUUCUUAGUGAAGGUUGGGCUUAUCCUCUAAAAGGAUUCAUGAGAGAAGACCAAUAUCUACAAACUCUUCAUUUCAACUGUCUUCAGAACGAAGGCAACCCCGUUAGUCAAAGCAUUCCUAUAAUCCUGCCUCUGACUACUAUGGAUAUGGAACGAUUGAAAGAUUCAUCAGCCGUAGCAUUGAUAUACAAAAAUGAUUACUACGCCAUUCUGAGAAAACCGGAAUUUUUCUACUACAGAAAAGAAGAAAGAGCAGCUAGACAGUUCGGUACUACUCAUAAGGAUCAUCCUUACAUAAAGAUGAUGUAUGAAUCCGGAGAUUGGUUGAUAGGUGGUGAUGUAGAAGUUUUUAAAAGGAUCAAAUGGAAUGACGGUUUAGAUCAAUAUAGAUUAACACCAAAUGAACUUCGAAGGAAAUUUAAAUCCAUGGGAGCCGAUGCAGUUUUUGCAUUCCAACUCAGAAAUCCCAUUCACAACGGUCACGCUCUAUUAAUGACCGAUACCAAGAAGCAACUACAAGAAAGAGGUUAUAAGAAACCAGUACUACUACUCCAUCCUUUAGGUGGUUGGAUUAAAGAAGACGACGUUCCUCUACCUACGAGAAUCCUCCAACACCAAGCGGUCUUAGACGAAGGACUUUUGGAUCGUAAUUCGACUGUAUUAGCGAUUUUUCCUAGUCCCAUGAUGUACGCUGGUCCCACAGAAGUUCAAUGGCAUGCUAAAGCUAGAAUGAACGCUGGGGCUAAUUUCUAUAUAGUUGGUAGAGAUCCUGCUGGUGUUACACAUCCCGCUGGAAAAGAUGCCAGUCUCGAUGGCAAUUUGUAUGACCCCACGCACGGUGGUAGGGUGUUAAAGAUGGCGCCAGGUUUAAAUUCUCUCGAAAUAAUACCGUUUAGAGUGGCAGCUUACGAUAAAAAAAACAAAAAAAUGGACUUCUUCGACUCGUCCAGGAAAGAAGAUUUUGAAUUCAUAUCUGGUACAAAAAUGAGAACGCUCGCCAGGAACGGUGAUAAUCCCCCGGACGGUUUCAUGGCCCCAAAAGCUUGGGAUAUUCUGGCAGGGUAUUACCAACGUUUAAACAAAUAUUGAAUAAUUUAAGUCUUGUAACAUCCGAAGUUGGUACGUUUUUUUUAUAUUUAUGAUCAUAGCAGCUGUUCCUGAAAGUAUUUCUCGUUUGGACGAUGUAUUUAUUAUUCUAGAAAUAAUUGUUUAUUGUGGGCCCAAGGUUCUUUCUAUAGACAUAUUUGUUUAUAAUUUCACAUUAUAUGUUUAAUUCGACUUUUUACAAACAACUUCAUCUAUUUAUUUGUUAAUUUUAAUGUUGGUUUAGGAGUUAAAAAAUACAGGAUUUCGUUCGUCCUUAAUUUCACCUUCAUCUAAAGAUAAUAAAUGUUAUAAUCUAUUUGUUGACAUAGCCUACAAAUAACAAACAUAUACAAUGGUGUUAAUCACACGAGUCAAUUUUUUUUAACAAUUUAUUUUAAUUUCACAGCUUAUUAAAAACACUCUGUAUACGAUAAUAAUUAUGAAAAUCGCUUUCCUUUACUUUACUUCUGAGAAAAUACUGUGUGACUACAAGAAAGUUCAGCAAUCUGUAUAUGAAUUGAACAGAAUAGAUUUUGAGUUAAUAUUUUUUUGAAAUCACCCUGUAUACGAUAAUAAUUAUGAAAAUCUCUUUUCGCUGCGUUUGAUAAUGUUAAUUCGAAAUUUUCAGAGACUUAUUUUGGUACUAGGUGAUUAAAUAACACAAAAAAUUAAUAUAAUAAAUAAAAUGUCUAUUAGAUUGAUUCUUAACUUAUUCAUAUGAUAAAAAUGGUGAUUUUCUUCAUAUAUCGACAAUUUAUCACAAAAAUUGGAAUCUCCCUUGACUUUACUUCUGAAAAAAUACUGGACGAUUACAAGAAAAUACAGCAAUCCGUAUAUGAAUUGAGCGAAAUAGAUUUUGAGUUGAUAUUUUGUUUAAAUCACCCUAUAUACGAUUAUAAUUAUGAAAAGUGCUUUUCACUGCGUUGUAUGAUGUUUAUCAGAAAUCUGUUGUGAGAUUUUUUAUUUAUUUUGAUUUUUGAACAAAUUAGAAAAGAUUAUACAGUCAAUAUAUUUGUAUGUGCAAUGUUAUUUACACUUAAUUUAGAUUUUACAGUAUUAUUAAAUAUUCUAUCAUUUCAUACAUUUAUACAGAUGUGUAUGUUA